AUGAACCAAUUCCAAGAAUCUUCUCUGCUACAUCAAGCCUUCUCCUCAUUUCCAGUACAAAGUCAACAACAUCUAACAUUCAUUCCCCAAGGACAGCAACAAGUCUCUAUCAGCGACAUGUCCAACGCUUCCCAGACCACCUCUGUCAUUAGUGCGUUGGGAACCAUAAUCGGAUAUAUCGGUUCCGAAGCUGCCACGGAAGAUGUCUUUGAGAGGCUUCUGUGGCCCCAACGCUUCUUCAAUGCUUUCUCCUGGCAGGACCUUCUUGAGAUCGGAUUACUCCAUCCCAUGGGUGGGCCCAUGCACAAGGCUGCUCUGAACACUCUCGACAAAUUUCAUCGCGCUGGCCUAUUCAGAGGCCGCAAUCUGGGCAACAUGUUGGGAACCGCGUUUUUUCAUGAUACCGGUCUGAAAUACAAGAUGCAUGAUCCACCACCAGGCUCAAAGGGCAAGGAAUACGUUCGCAAUGGUCUAUGGGUCCAAGCCGUUGCUCGUAUCUCCCUUGUGGUUCAAUGUCAGAAAGAGCAAAACCCAGAAUCGGGCGUGAAGCCACCGAGACUAGUCCGGGCAAGGUCGGUGGUGAAUUUUCUGGAGUUGUCAUAUGUAGAUGGAACAACGGACCCGCGAAAGACGGUGAGAUAUGACACUGGGUCUACUAGCUGUCGAACUCUCCUGGCCAUCGUCUGGAGCGAAAUCACUGGGCUGGUUGUUGGCGGUUUCGCUGUGGGGUAUUGGCGAUCAUACUUUAGCUUUCUAUGGUUCCUCCCUCUGGCAUUGAAGCUGUUGAGCGCAUUCUUCACGAUACAACGAGAAGCUCUCCUUACAAAGCCAACGGAGAAAGAAGCGGAUGGAGAAGAAACCAAACGUUUUGAGGUUAACACUCACGGCCACGGUUUCCUCGUCAUCGAAGGCAAAGAAUCGGCCGUCUUGCAAUUCUUCAGACACUACGGUCAUCCUAUCCGCAAUCGCGCGCGCGAAAUUGCCCAGAUCUCCAUCGUCGUUGCAUUCGGCCUCGCAUUUCCAAUAGGCUUGAUGUGCUCGCUCAUAUGGAUGCCCGUCGGACUGCAAUACGUCUGGCUUGGAUACCAACUUUACGCUACUCUGGCCAUGUAUAUCCACCGCUUCACCAAAGCUCAUCAAUGGGCGAGAACCGAAGCGAGGCUUGCACAGAAGUUUGCCACGGGCAACAAUGAAGAGCGUGUCGCGUACCUGCAGGAUGAGCGUGGCAAUACGGUUAUGGGGAAACUGACGAGGAUAUACGUUGGUAAUUAUGGUGAGGGGCAACAGGUACUCAAGGAUUUCUUGCAUGGGAAACCAAAGGAAAUCCGGAAAGGGAAGAGCGACCACGACCUUCACGAAUCGGAGAGCUCUGAUACAUUGAAGAGCACUCCCGAGGACUCUGACGAUAGCAAUGCCUGA